AUGGAUAACUCACAACCUCGGAAUCGACGACUCGUAACCUAUGGUUCUACUGCCAAAAGUCAACCUCCAUCGACUACCGAAAAGCCUAUGCGCUCAUCUGACACUAGAGCAACUCCCAAAGAAAUGCCCUUGCCGAGGUCGUCGCGUCUCUCACGGCCAUUGUACACCAAGUCGCAGCGCGACAAAAAUGGGGAUAAACCGUCUGGACCGGUAGAAACGACCAGGACUCGAGGUCUUGCACAACCAAAACCCAUUACAGAAUCUAACGUGUAUGACUUCCCUUCUUCAGAUGAUGAGCAGAUGUCCAUGGUCCAGAGAAAGCGAAGGCGAUAUAGCCCCGAAGGAAACAAGGCCGUUCUUGCGACUACGCGAUCGGAGAAGCCAAGCAAGCCAGAAAAUGGGGAUAAUAACAUGUCACCCCAAACGGGGAAGAGGAUGCCCGAUCGCCGGAGGCCAUUGGCCAAAAUGCCAGAACCCGAUCAGGAGACAAGCUCCGUGAGAUCGCCAAGGAGAGGGAGGUCUGUGCGUAGCCAGCCUAAGGUAUCUGCUCUCGAGCAUGAAACGAGUGUAUCAAACGAUGAGAGCAUAGAGGAUGCAGCGUCCAUGCGAAAGAGCUCGCCGGACAUCAACCAGGGCUAUACUACUAAAGCGAACAUCACCCCUGGUCGGAAAAGACUGAUUGACUCGCUCGGGAUCACCGAAGACCCGGUUAUAACUUCUCCAGAAGUUGGAACUUCAACAGAGGGCCUCGCUGAUAGCCAGCCGUCUCCGAACCCAACCUCUCCUGACCGAGCUUCACCAAGUGCGACUGUAAAUGAGGGUCCCGCCGAAAGUCACAUUCAGGGCUCCCCCGCCUCACUCCCUUCUCAUUUACGAGGUUCCCGGGUCACGUAUGCACGUCAGCGUUCUUUUUUGGAUGAUAUGAUUACGCCAGAGGAUCUUUCGAUGGACAAUGCUUCUGGUCCGAAGCACCGCUCUCAGUCUGUUCAACGCCAGCUGAAUUAUGAGGCUACUUCCACAGCCCGCUUAAUCGUGCCAAAUGAGGAUACCAACGAGGAUGGAUCUGUCCGAAGUAUUCAUGAACUUAGACAAGCUGGAGGAAACGCCCGUUACCGAGGCGCCGUCGAGUCUAUCUUCGAGGAUAUCGAAGAUCCGCAAAACUCGUUGAUGGGUCGAUGCAGUGCCUUCCUCCAACUGUGUGGCAAACUUCUGGAUACUGGACUCAAACGACGGUUUGUCGAAUGCAAUUUUGACAAAAGGCUUGUGGAUUGUCUGUCCAUGGAUCUCCAGGUAAUCCCCACUAUCCUGGCUUUCUGUGCCUACGCACUGGGUUCAUCAGACGGACACAUGUCUUAUGUUCUUGCAACUUCCGCGUGGCCUAAGCUUCUAGAUGCAUCGCCUGCCUUAUUGAGCAUGCAAGACGAUAUACUAGUGGCCGCAAAAGCUCAAGCCGGCGGACUUUCUCGGCCCUUGCAAAAGACACUUGGGAAUACCAUUCCACAGAUAGCCGCUAUGUUAUUUCCUGGCACUACCUUGUCGAAACUAUCCCCGUGCAUUUUGGCAUUGUACUGCCUGCAAUCCACAAUUUCCACAAUGCAAACCAAAGGCGAGAGCCCUAGCCUUUCCACAUCUCUUCUGAAACCGUUGGUACAAGCGCUUGUGUCCGAAAGCCAACGUUGUAUUUCGUUGGAGAAUAUACACCCGGAGAGUUCUCAGAUACUGUGCAUGGGCUUUUCAAUCUUGGAAGCUUCUACUGCAUUGGCUGAGUCGUUCACAAAAGAGCAUUGGGAUAUUCUAGACCCGCUCUCUGAGCUGCAUAACCUUCUCUGUUUGGAGCCGGGCACUGUCAGCCAAAUACAACCUCUCUACAUCCGACUUAUCUUAAACAUCACCAACAGCAACCCCCUUCUCUGUGAUAGAUUUGCAACCCCGGAGAUGGUCGGGGGGCUGGUUCACAUUGUCUCUGCGAACUUCGGUGAUUUGACUGAAGAUGCGCUUGGGCAAGCGAACAAUUCUCUGGACAGCGUGAUAUUGGCGCUUGGCGCACUUAUCAACCUGACUGAACAAAGUGAAGCAUCAAGAUCGAUUUUUCUUCGCUCUGCUGGUUCCUCAAGGACUUUCCUUGAUCAACUCUUGCAUUUAUUUAUGACUCAUGUCGAUUCCAUCUCCACGGCUCAUUCGGUCUUGGAAGUACACCAUAAUGUCGCCGUGGGAUAUUUGGCCGUCCUUUUGCUAACACUCAGUUUGGAUCCUGAGCCUCGAUCUAAAAUUAAGAGCUCACUCGCUCCCAAGGGAUUGACAGCGGUAAUAUCUACCGUUGAUGAGUUCCUGCAAUAUCAUCAGAAGAUUGAACAAGAGAUCUCCACUUUUCCAACCCAGGGACAACCGGCGAGUGGGUUCCUGUCCAGGUUACAAGAACUUAUCACUCGGAUUCGACUGGCAGAGCAAUGA